AACCUCACUGAAUUCAGUUAUAUCACCGCUCUUCCCCUCCCACCCCCCAGAAAAAAAAAAUCGCUAGGGUUGUGAUUCAUCCAAAGAUGUUCAAAAAGGCGAGUGAAGCGAAAGCUCUUCAAAGAUUGUCUGGUGCAGAUCGUAAGAAAUUAAAACGAGCCGCAAAAGAAAGAUUUCCACAAGUAUCUGAUGCUGAUAUUGAUUUAAUUCUUCCUCCUAAAACUGAAAUUACAGUCUCUAAAUUCCCUAAUCGCUCACUUGUUUAUGGAAUCGAAGGCGGUUAUCCUAUGCUCUUUGAUGUUGAUGGUAGAGGCACUGAAAUUUUCCCCACUGUUUUUGCACUCUGGAAGGUUCCUGACCUGUUGCCAGCAUUCACGCUAAAAGGCGGUGAAGUAUCUCGCUUUAUCCUUGGAGGAGCAGAUCUGAUGUUCCCUGGUAUUAGUAUACCUGAAGAGGGGAUGCCUUCAUUUUUAUCAGGGAAACCAUGGGCUGUAAAAGUACCUGGUAACCCAGCUCCAAUUGCAGUUGGUGUCACCACCAUGAGUAGCACAGAGGCAUUAAAAGCUGGUUUGCGUGGAAAGGCUUUGCGAAUAACUCACUAUUAUCGUGAUUCGCUCUGGGAAUCAGUGGAAGGUCAUUACGUGCCAAAUGCUGGUUUUUUUGAAGAUGUCGUUUACGGAGAUCCUGCAUCUUCGUCAGGCUCUCAGGGGCCUGAUUCAGUCGAAGAUUUUGGUGAUGUUGAUAGUGGUCAAACAUAUGUCUAUGCUGUUGGAGGAGAUGUAGAAGUGAAUGAUGUCAAACUGGAGCAAGACCCUGGAGCUUCAAAUCAGUCUGAUAUGAAGAAUGAAACUGCGGAACAGAUAACUUUAGAUAUGAGUGGUUUGAGAGUCACAGACAAUGUUUCUGCCGAGGAAUCAAAUGCUGAGAAAAACCAGCAAGCCCUAUCUAGUGAAGAGGUUGAUGCCUUAUUGGACAAGUGCCUUCUGCAAGCACUACAUACUACUGUAAAAGACAAAGACCUUCCCGUCCCUGGAAGCACAUUAUGGUCAAACCACGUAUUGCCUUGCAGACCUGCAGGAAUUACACUGGAUAUCAAGAAAUCAUCGCACAAAAAACUCUCUAAGUGGUUACAGUCUAAAUCCUCUAUUGGACUGAUAUCAUCCAAAGAAGAUAAGCACAAGAAGGAAGUUAUGUUACUUGCUGUUAAUCGCAAACAUUCUGAUUACACCUCCUUUAAACCAGAGAAGCUGCAGCCUCAAAUGGUUGCUGAUAACAGUGUUUCUACAGCCUCUGAAAGCCAGCCACAGAGACCGACUCUUGAGGUGGUGGAGAUCUACAAAUCAUCCGUUCAUGUGAAUCCUAUCUUAGGUGCUUUGGGAGUUGAUACAGGAAGAUAUUUUAGUGCAUCUGAGGCAACUGAGAUUGUUUCUAGUUAUGUUGAAAAUCAGAAUUUGGUAAAGCCAACAAACAAAGCCAUUGUGGUUUUGGAUGCAACUCUAUGUGAUGCUCUCUUCAAGGGAACAAUAAAGAAGGGCUCAACAUAUCCAACUGAGAUUCAUAAAAAGGAUUUAGGAACUGCUUUUCUGAGUCGGAUGCAGCCUCACCACAGAGUAACGAGAGGAAGUGAAUCUGCUGUACGUAAAGGUGCUCUUAAAACAGUUCAGAUAGUGACUGAACGUAGGCAAGGAAACAAAAAAGUAACUAGAGUGUCUGGAUUGGAGUCUUUCUUGGUAGAUGCCGAAGUAUUGGCUUCUGAGCUGCAGAAGAAGUUUGCUUGCAGUACAACAGUGGCAGAGCUUCCAGGUAAAAAAGGUCACGAGGUUGUGAUUCAAGGUGGUGUAAUUGAUAACCUUGGAAAGUACCUUCUGGAACACUAUGCCGUCCCUAAAAGAUUCAUCGAAGUGCUUGACAAAACUAGACGAUGAAACUAACUCAGUUCCCGGUCUUCAUUUUUGUAUCCCUCCACCAGUUAUCUGGAUACCUAGUUUUGUAACUUUUGUUAUAAGGUUUCCGUUGGAAUCUUUUUCGAUCUACUGUACUUAAACAACAAUGGACUGAACUUGAUCAUUUUUUUACAAUUUGCACAUAUUGGGAUAAGAUUGAGGGAGGUUUUGCUUAUUUAAUGAAGGUAGGGUAGAUAGAUCAUAUAA